UGGGAGGCGAGUUAACGGAGCAUCCUCUUUAUCCUCUCCCCCUCCCUUGCCUCCCUCUUUCCUCGCCGUCACCCAUUCUCGUCUAAAUUGACACUCUACGCAGCCAGGCUCCCACCCCUCCAUCCAUCCAUCCAUCCGGCCAACAUUCCCUCCUUUCCCCGGGCCGAGUGCAGUAGGGAAGGGAGGCUGCAAGCGAACCGAACGCGCGGAGGACGUCGGAGAGACCAAAAUAGGAACGGGCGAAUCCUUGUGCUGAUUCUCGCGCGGCGCCAUCGAGGUGUCCAGGGCGUGUGCGUUUAGUCACACAGCUUUUCAGCACUGCCGCCCACUCCCACAGCCAUCAGUAACAUGGCCGGGGCGUCGGUAAAAGUGGCGGUGAGGGUGCGGCCCUUCAACUCCAGGGAGAUGGCAAAGGACAGCAAAUGCAUCAUUCAGAUGUCAGGAAACACCACAACGAUCCUGAACCCCAAACAGCCAAAAGAAAACAAGAGCUUCAACUUCGACUAUUCCUACUGGUCGCACACCACGCCCGAGGACAUCAACUAUGCGUCCCAGAUGCAAGUGUACAAGGACAUUGGCGAGGAGAUGCUGCUCCACGCUUUCGAAGGCUACAACGUGUGCAUAUUUGCGUACGGACAGACGGGAGCGGGCAAGAGCUACACCAUGAUGGGACGGCAGGAGACCGACCAACAGGGCAUCAUACCUCUGCUCUGUGAGGACCUUUUUACCAAGAUCAGCGACAGCAAUAAUGACAACAACAUGUCGUACUCUGUGGAGGUGAGUUACAUGGAAAUCUACUGUGAGCGUGUACGCGACUUGCUGAACCCCAAAAACAAAGGGAACCUGCGAGUAAGAGAGCACCCGCUGAUGGGACCCUACGUGGAAGAUUUGUCCAAACUGGCCGUCACCUCGUAUAACGACAUCCAGGACCUGAUGGACUCUGGCAACAAGGCUAGGACCGUCGCUGCUACAAAUAUGAACGAGACCAGCAGCCGCUCCCACGCCGUCUUUAACAUCAUCUUCACUCAGAAGAAACACGACUCGGAGAGUGAAAACACAUCAGAAAAGGUCAGCAAAAUCAGUCUGGUGGACCUGGCUGGAAGCGAGCGGGCCGACUCUACCGGCGCUAAAGGAACCAGACUGAAGGAAGGAGCCAACAUCAACAAAUCUCUGACCACGCUGGGCAAAGUGAUCUCCGCUUUAGCCGAGCAGGACUCCGCCCCAAACAAGAACAAGAAGAAGAAGAAAAUGGAGAGCUUCAUCCCCUACAGAGACUCAGUCCUGACAUGGCUCCUGAGGGAGAACUUGGGUGGAAACUCUCGCACCGCUAUGGUGGCUGCUCUCAGCCCUGCUGAUAUUAACUACGAUGAAACCCUCAGUACACUCCGGUAUGCCGACCGCGCCAAGCAGAUCCGCUGCAACGCUGUCAUCAACGAGGACCCGAACAACCGUCUGGUGCGAGAGUUGAAAGAGGAGGUGGCCCGCCUCAAAGACCUGCUGUACGCUCAGGGCCUGGGCGACAUCAUUGAGAGUGAGUGUCAGGACGGAAACUCGGUUAUUUUCAACAAGUACACGUUUACGGUCCCCACAAAGACCAUUUCAUCAAGAUGGGGGUGGUGUGUAGUGGGGCGGGGGGCGGCAGUUAAAUCUUUACAUUUACGCGUCUCUUUUUGCCCGGCCAGCGAGGAGGCCAUCGAGAGGCUCAAGGAAACAGAGAAAAUUAUUGCAGAACUCAAUGAAACUUGGGAAGAGAAACUACGGCGUACUGAGGCCAUUCGCAUGGAGAGAGAGGCCUUACUGGCUGAGAUGGGUGUUGCUAUGAGAGAAGAUGGAGGCACCGUUGGCGUUUUCUCCCCCAAAAAGACGCCUCAUCUGGUCAACCUAAACGAGGACCCGCUGAUGUCUGAAUGUCUACUGUACUACAUUAAAGACGGCAUCACAAAGGUUGGUCGCGAGGAUGCCAAGGCGCGCCAGGACAUCGUACUCAGCGGGCAUUUUAUCCGAGAUGAACACUGCACCUUCAGUAGCACCACCGGCCCUCAGGGAGAAGGUUGCGUAGUUCUGGAGCCAUGUGAGGACGCAGAGACAUAUGUUAAUGGGAAGCGAGUCACGUCGCCCACUGUGCUGCGCUCAGGCAACCGCAUCAUCAUGGGCAAGAGUCACGUGUUCCGAUUCAACGACCCCGAGCAGGCCCGGCUGGAGCGCGAGAGGACGCCGUGCGCUGAGACGCCGGUGGAGCCCGUCGACUGGGCCUUUGCUCAGAGGGAGCUGCUGGAGAAGCAAGGCAUCGACAUGAAGCAGGAGAUGGAGCAGAGGCUUCAGGAGCUUGAGGAUCAGUAUCGUAAAGAAAGAGAAGAAGCCAGUAUCUUGCUUGAGCAACAGAGGCUGGAUUACGAGAGUAAACUCGAGGCUCUCCAGAAGCAGGUGGACUCACGCUACCUGGAGUCACCCGAAGAAGAAGAGGAACCGGAGGAAGAAGUGUCAUGGACCGCGCGGGAGACGGAGCUGGCUCUGUGGGCCUUCCGGAAAUGGCGCUUCUACCAAUUCACCUCGCUGCGGGAUCUGCUUUGGGGCAACGCCAUCUUCCUCAAGGAGGCCAACGCGAUAAGUGUGGAGCUGAAGAAGAAGGUCCAGUUUCAAUUCGUCCUUCUGACGGACACGCUGUACUCCCCACUGCCUCCCGACCUGCUGCCUGCCAGCGAGACCAAGGAGAGGGAGAGACGACCGUUCCCGCGGACCAUCGUGGCUGUUGAAGUGCAGGACCAAAAGAACGGCGCUACGCAUUACUGGACUCUGGAGAAGCUCAGGCAGAGACUGGACCUGAUGAGAGAAAUGUACGAUCGGGCUGCAGAGCUUCCGAGCAGCGCCGUGGAGGACUGUGACCACGCCCUCACCGGCGGAGACCCCUUCUAUGACCGCUUCCCAUGGUUCCGCCUGGUCGGCAGGGCAUUUGUGUACCUGAGCAACCUGCUUUAUCCUGUUCCAUUGGUCCAUCGUGUGGCCAUCGUCAGCGAGAAGGGCGAAGUGAAGGGCUUCCUCAGAGUGGCUGUGCAGGCCAUUUCAGCGGAUGAAGAAGCACCGGAUUAUGGCUCCGGUGUGAGGCAGUCAGGGAUGGCCAAGAUCUCCUUUGAAGAUAAACAGUUUGAAAAGUUCCAGACAGAGUCGUGUUCACCAGUCGGUCUUUCCCAUUCCAACACCUCCCAGGAAGAGCUCCGCAUUGUGGAAGGAGAAGGUCAAAAUGCAGAAGCGGGAAUCUCUGCAGAUGAAGUCAACAACAACACAUGUGAAGCUGCCCCGGAAACUCCACCCAGCCCUGUGAAGAGCUCGGGACUGGGUCUGGACCUUCCUUUGGAGCUCUCACCAGAGAAGGCUUUGUCCCACCUGAAGAUAGGCAGCACCUUCACCUUCAGAGUCACCGUCUUGCAGGCCUCCAGCAUCUCGGCCGAGUACGCCGACAUCUUCUGUCAGUUCAACUUCAUCCACCGCCACGAUGAAGCCUUUUCCACCGAGCCGCUGAAGAACACUGGCCGGGGGCCGCCACUUGGCUUUUACCAUGUGCAAAAUAUCUCAGUGGAGGUGACUAAAUCAUUCGUGGAAUACAUCAAGACCCAGCCCAUCGUCUUUGAGGUGUUCGGUCACUAUCAGAAGCAACCUUUCCCACCCCUUUGCAAGGAUCUAAUCAGUCCAUUGAGACCUUCCAGAAGGCAGUUCCCCAGAGUGAUGCCUUUGUCCAAACCGGUGCCGGCCACCAAGCUCAGCACACUUACGCGCUCCCCCGCCGGACCUUGUCACUCCAAACAUGACCUCAUGGUCUUCUUUGAGAUCUGUGAGCUGGAAGCCAGUGGAGAUUACAUCCCAGCUGUUGUGGAUCACAGAGGCGGAAUGCCCUGCCAUGGCACGUACCUCCUACAUCAGGGUAUUCAGAGGAGAAUCACAGUCGCCAUCGCUCAUGAAAACGGGAAUGACAUUGAAUGGAAAGAAGUGAAGGAGCUGGUGAUUGGGCGCAUCAGAAACACUCCGGAGGCUGACGAGACCAUCAUAGACCCCAACAUCCUCUCCCUGAACAUCCUGUCUUCUGGAUAUUUCUGGCCAAAACAUGAUGACAACGUCUCCUUGGGAGUUGAUCAUAGAACCUUCUACCGGUUCGAGGCAGCAUGGGACAGCUCCAUGCACAACUCCCUGCUCCUGAAUAGAGUUACGCCAUACGGAGAGAAGAUCUACAUUACCCUUUCAGCCUAUUUGGAGAUGGAGAACUGCACUCAGCCUACCGUUAUCACCAAAGAUUUCUGCAUGGUGUUCUACUCCCGCGACACCAAACUUCCCGCGUCUCGUUCCAUCCGAAACCUCUUCAGUACAGGCUGCCUCAGGCCUUCAGAGAGUAACCGUGUCACCGGAGUCUACGAGGUGACGCUCUGCUACGUGGCUGACAACGGGAGUCCCGGAAUGCAGCGGCGUCGCAGGCGAGUGCUGGACACCUCGGUGGCAUACGUCCGAGGGGAGGAGAACCUGGCUGGGUGGAGGCCUCGCAGUGACAGCCUCAUUUUGGACCACCAGUGGGAGCUGGAGAAGCUCAGCUUGCUUCAAGAGUCGAAUCCCGUUUCCAUGCUUCUCCUCAGGGCAUUUGUGUACCUGAGCAACCUGCUUUAUCCUGUUCCAUUGGUCCAUCGUGUGGCCAUCGUCAGCGAGAAGGGCGAAGUGAAGGGCUUCCUCAGAGUGGCUGUGCAGGCCAUUUCAGCGGAUGAAGAAGCGCCGGAUUAUGGCUCCGGUGUGAGGCAGUCAGGCAUGGCCAAGAUCUCCUUUGAAGAUAAACAGUUUGAAAAGUUCCAGACAGAGUCGUGUUCACCAGUCGGUCUUUCCCAUUCCAACACCUCCCAGGAAGAGCUCCGCAUUGUGGAAGGAGAAGGUCAAAAUGCAGAAGCGGGAAUCUCUGCAGAUGAAGUCAACAACAACACAUGUGAAGCUGCCCCGGAAACUCCACCCAGCCCUGUGAAGAGCUCGGGACUGGGUCUGGACCUUCCUUUGGAGCUCUCACCAGAGAAGGCUUUGUCCCACCUGAAGAUCGGCAGCACCUUCACCUUCAGAGUCACCGUCUUGCAGGCCUCCAGCAUCUCGGCCGAGUACGCCGACAUCUUCUGUCAGUUCAACUUCAUCCACCGCCACGAUGAAGCCUUUUCCACCGAGCCGCUGAAGAACACUGGCCGGGGGCCGCCACUGGGCUUUUGGGGGCCGCCACUUGGCUUUUACCAUGUGCAAAAUAUCUCAGUGGAGGUGACUAAAUCAUUCGUGGAAUACAUCAAGACCCAGCCCAUCGUCUUUGAGGUGUUCGGUCACUAUCAGAAGCAACCUUUCCCACCCCUUUGCAAGGAUCUAAUCAGUCCAUUGAGACCUUCCAGAAGGCAGUUCCCCAGAGUGAUGCCUUUGUCCAAACCGGUGCCGGCCACCAAGCUCAGCACACUUACGCGCUCCCCCGCCGGACCUUGUCACUCCAAACAUGACCUCAUGGUCUUCUUUGAGAUCUGUGAGCUGGAAGCCAGUGGAGAUUACAUCCCAGCUGUUGUGGAUCACAGAGGCGGAAUGCCCUGCCAUGGCACGUACCUCCUACAUCAGGGUAUUCAGAGGAGAAUCACAGUCGCCAUCGCUCAUGAAAACGGGAAUGACAUUGAAUGGAAAGAAGUGAAGGAGCUGGUGAUUGGGCGCAUCAGAAACACUCCGGAGGCUGACGAGACCAUCAUAGACCCCAACAUCCUCUCCCUGAACAUCCUGUCUUCUGGAUAUUUCUGGCCAAAACAUGAUGACAAAACCUUCUACCGGUUCGAGGCAGCAUGGGACAGCUCCAUGCACAACUCCCUGCUCCUGAAUAGAGUUACGCCAUACGGAGAGAAGAUCUACAUUACCCUUUCAGCCUAUUUGGAGAUGGAGAACUGCACUCAGCCUACCGUUAUCACCAAAGAUUUCUGCAUGGUGUUCUACUCCCGCGACACCAAACUUCCCGCGUCUCGUUCCAUCCGAAACCUCUUCAGUACAGGCUGCCUCAGGCCUUCAGAGAGUAACCGUGUCACCGGAGUCUACGAGGUGACGCUCUGCUACGUGGCUGACAACGGGAGUCCCGGAAUGCAGCGGCGUCGCAGGCGAGUGCUGGACACCUCGGUGGCAUACGUCCGAGGGGAGGAGAACCUGGCUGGGUGGAGGCCUCGCAGUGACAGCCUCAUUUUGGACCACCAGUGGGAGCUGGAGAAGCUCAGCUUGCUUCAAGAGGUGGAGAAGACCCGGCAUUACCUACUACUGAGGGAGAAGCUGGAGGCCACCCUGCUGGCCGGCCAGGAUGCUCUCUACAAGGGCAGUGAAAUCAGCGACUUUGCCAAGAGUCCAGUUCUAAGCCAGAGUCCUGCAAGCAGCCCGGCACUGGACAGCCCCAACCAGAGGCAGAGGGAGCUGGCUGCCAAGUGUCUGCGUCUACUGAUGCACACCUUCAACAGGGACUACAGCCAGGUGAGCAGCAGUGCCAGUGAGAGCAAGCUCUCCGAGAUAUCAGCGUCGCUCAUGAGGGAGGCGUCCGUGUCCACGUUGAGCACGCUCACGCCGUCCUCCACCUGCCCUUCGCUGAUUGAGGGACACUACGACAUCAGACACACUGAGCCUGGUUCCGGAGCGUCGACCCCCGAUCUGGACCCUUUCAGCCCGGUGGACAGAAAGAAAGCUCUCAAAGGCUGCAGCUUUGUUCCGGACAUACAGGAGAUACGAGUCAGCCCAAUCGUGUCCAAGAAGGGUUACCUCCACUUUCUGGAGCCCCACGCCAGCGGUUGGGUGAAACGCUACGUGGUGGUGCGCCGGCCCUACGUUUACCUGUACCGCAGCGAGAGGGACAGCGUGGAGCGAGCCGUCAUCAACCUGUCGUCUGCCAAGGUGGAAUACAGCGAAGACAAGCAGACUUUGCUGCGGACUCCAAACACUUUUGCCGUGUGCACCGAGCAUCGUGGGAUACUACUCCAAGCCAACAAUGACAAAGAAAUGCAUGACUGGCUUUAUGCCUUCAAUCCUCUGUUGGCGGGUACCAUCAGGUCUAAACUGUCUAGAAGAAAGUCGGUCCAUUCGGCACCGGUGGCCCAGAGGAUGUGAGCCUCUUCACAGGCAUCUAAACACCACCAACUCUCUUACUUUACAUAACCCACUGAAAUAACCUUCUAAAUAUACUGUAUCUAACAUGCUAUCACUGUUACAAAGCUGCAUGUUGACAACACCCUGUACAGCAGAGUCAUACACAUGCAGGUGGCCAUCCUUUGUGUUUGCAAACUGGCUGAUAUGCCACGUGUGUUCUUUUUGUACACAGUGACACCCGGUGGCGGGGAGGUUCCUCUGCAUGAUGAUCGUGCUAGUUUGUGUAGUCUAUUGCCUUGUACACGUUUCGCUUCGAAGGUGUCACAGUACAUUUAAUACUAGUUCAGCUAUCAUGUGGCUUUGGAAAAAUGGAAAGCCGUUUGAGCAUUUAUUCAAUAUCCUUGAUCCGUGUACUAGUACACUCCGAGUUGAGAAAGCACUAUUAAAAUAAUGAUAUAUUGUAUUGCAUUGUCAUACAGCACACUAGGAGAACAACUGUGUCUUAGUCGUACCAAUUUUUAAAUGAAUGUAUUCAUUUAUUUCUUUAUUUUGUUACUAGUGCCACUUUUUGCCUUUUGGUAGUAUCAAAGAUCCUGAUUAAGUGAACCAUUUUCAGCAUUUAUUCAAUAUCUUUGAUAUUCAUCUUAAUGUCCAUAUGCUAUAGUCUUAGCAUGACUUAGCAUGGCGCUUUUGGCCUACUCGUAUGCCAUUAAACCUUCCUAAUAGACUCCUGUCCUUCACUAGUACCACUUCUAGGUCCAACUAGUCUUCAUGCGUCACAUACUAGUAGCCUUGUGAGCCCUACUAAUAGCACCAAUACUAACUAGGAGUGUUGCCUCACUAGUAACAUGUAGUUGUCGUACUAGAAUGUUGGAGUUGUCCUACUGGUGUGCGGGAAUGUCAUGCAGUACUGGGAUAUAAUUUAACUCGUAAAACACAUUCGAUGUACUAGUGCCCUUACCAUAAAGUUAAUUCUGCAUUUUUUUUUUCCAACCGAAGGUCAUCCAAGGUUAUUAAAAGUGACACCAGUAGAGGAAGAAAUGUUCCGAGUACACCGUUCUAAUAGUGUAGUAACACUACUACUCGUGACAUCGUGAAUUACACUAGUUUAUAUUUAGCACUUCACUAAUAGUACUAGUCGGGCACAGAUGUCAACAGUGCACAGUUUUGCCUCACAAGUAACAUGAAGUUGGCCUACUAUGAUGCCAAAGAAAGUUUAGUGGAAAAAAAAACGUUACUAGUUAGACACAGUCGUUCUACUAUUGGGCGAAAUUGUCUUACGGGUGAUGACAAAGAAUGUACUAGUACGUGGCCCUUUGUAUAGAGAUCAAUCCAAUAAAUGCUCAAACAUCUUUCCAGGCUAGGUGUAAAGUAGGACCAAAGGGUCAAACGUUCUCCCAUUAUGUUCUAUUUUCCUCAGAAAAAUCACAUAAUACCCACACCUUUGAGAAAAAAAAAAGAUAAUCCCUGGUACGUAGAAUCACAAAAUAAUGUUAUUUAUUGUCGCAUUAUGUUUUUCGUUAUUUGUGAUGGAACUAUAGAACAAUUUUGCUGCACGGCACUUUAUCGUCCUUGUUAAGUUGUUGCGUUACCAAAGCGUUUUCUUUAUUGUUUGUGCAUAAUUUACACUUGUCUCACCAAAUUAUAUCGCAUCAAGAUGACAAAGGGUACACACAUACGAUAAUCUGUCCGAUUAUCGGAUGCCGCUAAAGGAUUAUCCUGAGCAUUUAUGCUGUGGUGUGGGUUGCGUUAAUCGUGAUUUGUCCUCCCCUAUCUAGUUGGGAAAACAGUCGGGGACCAGCAAGGUAAAUGUUAAACCUGUUCAGUAUUUACGAUUGGGUUAUCUUGUGUGUGCGCUCAAUGCUGAGUAGGGCCAACGACCUGACUCUGAUUGUGAUGUGGCCAGCAAGGUAAAUGUUAAUUAAACCUGUUCAGUAUUUACGAUUGGGGUAUCUUGUGUGUGCGCUCAAUGCUGAGUAGGGCCAACGACCAGACUCUUGAUUGUGAUGUGAUACGGAAUGAUGCUCAGUUGAGUACACACAUACCCAUUGUUGGGCCGAUUUUGAGCUGUAUUCUUCUCCUUCUGAUCAAAGUCAGCAAAGUUCUGAUUAUCUCUAACAUCAAAAGAUGAUCUUGAUCGAUUGUGGUGUGGUGUCGUGUUGCUCGGGAAAACUGUCAGGCUGGCCUUUGUAAGUGCUGAUCCUGUUCAACAUUCACGAUGGCAAAUCCGUGCCGUAUGUGUGUGGUCAACACUGAGUUGUGCCGAGCCACCGACUUGGCGAUUAUGACAUGAAAUGGAAUGAUAAUCAGUGAAGCGGGAUACACGCAUACCCAUAGUUGGGGAGAAUUUUAACAUGUUCCCUCUUAAUCAGAAUCAGCAAAAUUCAGAUUAUCGGAUGUCUCUAAAAUAUUAUCCUGACUGAUUAUCUGCGGUGUAGGUGUGUGUUCGGAGUGAUUUUUCUUCCCACAUCUGCUCGGAAGAAGUACAUUUUAAACUUGGUUCAGAUUUACAACGGUGAUUGUCGGACGUUUCAUGCUGUACUGUAUAUGGUGUUAUGUAUUGGUCAUCUGGAGCACACCGCACAUUCUGAGAUCACAAGUGGCAAUUUUUGUUCUUAUCAUGUGCCUUUUUAAAAUCGACAACGAUUUCAGUCGAUAAUCGGCAUUUCCUACUCUUGUAGAGUGUGUUUUACCACAGAUGCCCAACACAGCCGACAACCGGGCCCCUUCUAACUCUGACUGGAAGGGAGGAAAAAUGAUCUAAUUCGGCCUGAUUAUCGGUAUGUGUGUAACCCGGCUCAUUACGUUAAACAUUUGUUUUUAUUUAAAGAAAAAUUAGGGUCAUGUCAAUUCUGUCCAUUCUGUCUUUAAAGGUCAAGC